UAUAUAUAAUAAAUAGUCUUCCUGCCAUUUAGUUAGUCGGACGUCCCUGAUAAAUCUCUAUAUAUUCAUACAUAAGACCGGAGAAUAAGCCGCAGCCGUGAUGGCUCCUUCAGAUCCCGUAGCGGAGUACGGCUUCACUGCCGUUGAAGCAUCGGCGUUGAAGCUUCUUGCUUCACUUCCUUGUCCCUCCUCUCCAGCGCCAUUUGUCGCCAUUUCCGAGACGCCUAUUCCGGACACCCCCGUAGCGAAACGUGUACAGGUGUACGCCAAACGCAAUCUGCCAGAACCGACAUUCAACCACUCCCUGAGAGUGUAUCACUACGGCCUGGCGAUAAAGAAAUAUCGAUUUCCAGAAUGGAAGUUCACGGAUGAAACGUACUUCCUAGCCUGCGUUCUACAUGACAUCGGCACCACGGAGGAGAAUCUGCAGAAGACAAGGAUGAGCUUUGAGUUUUACGGAGGCCUACUGGCGUUGGACGUUUUGCAGACGAGUGAAGGGGAAGAUGGGGCUGUGGCGCCAAGGGAGCAAGCAGAGAGUGUGGCGGAAGCGAUCAUUAGGCACCAGGAUUUAUGUGAGGUUGGUAAGAUAACUGCCGUGGGACAGUUGAUUCAAUUGGCGACGAUCUUUGAUAACACUGGUACAUAUUCUGACCUCGUGAGUCCGUCCACCAUCGAGGAUGUAACGCGGCAUUUCCCGCGUCUUGGGUGGAGCAACUGCUUUGCUGCGACGAUUCGCCGGGAAAACAGUUUGAAGCCGUGGGCGCAUACCACGGCUUUAGGUGUGGAUGAAUUCCCUUCCAAGGUGCUGGGAAAUAAGCUCAUGGCGCCUUUUGAGUAACUUGAACUCAUAUUAUCAUCCAUAAUGUAUACAACAGAGUCAUAAUGGUUAGAGUAGGGUCUCGAGAGCAUUUAGUUUCAAACUAAUUUUCAAUCAUCGUGCCCCA